GGCGGAGCCUGAGUGGCGGUGGCGGCCGUGGCGGCGGCGCGACCGAGCAUCCUGGCGGCGCCGGCCUCGUGGAGAGAGUAAAUGGCCAAGACAGAUGAGUGAAAUUAGGCCCCGCUGUGGAAACUUCAUUUUCUUCUCAGUACCUGACUCGUUUGUGAUGAGAUAGCUUAUGGAAGUGUGAUGUUCACUUGUUUCCUGACAGGAAUACCUGGAUGGCUUGGUGCCAGGAGUGGAAGAAAAAGUGAUUCUGCCUUAAAGCCAGCAUCAUUUAAGCAGAGGACACAGUAGACAGAGGUGUGCAGGAACUGUUUACCAUGGAAGCCAGGGAGCUGGGGAACCCCACAUCCACCUACCAUCUCAUCCCAGAGGCAAGCCGGCCUAGUGUGGAAGAAGAUGUCAGCAUGCCUCAGCAAAGGUCCUCGGAAACUAUGCAGCUGAAGAAGGAAAUCUCCCUGCUGAAUGGGGUCAGCCUGGUGGUGGGCAACAUGAUUGGCUCAGGGAUCUUUGUCUCACCCAAAGGUGUGCUGGUAUACACUGCCUCUUAUGGGUUGUCGCUGGUGGUGUGGGCCAUCGGCGGGCUCUUCUCCGUUGUGGGUGCCCUUUGCUAUGCGGAGCUGGGGACCACCAUCACCAAGUCAGGAGCCAGCUACGCCUAUAUUCUGGAGGCCUUUGGGGGCUUCAUUGCCUUCAUCCGCCUGUGGGCCUCACUACUCAUCGUUGAGCCCACCAGUCAGGCCAUCAUCGCCAUCACCUUUGCCAACUACAUCAUUCAGCCCUCCUUUCCCACCUGUGAUGCCCCAUACCUGGCCUGCCGUCUCCUUGCUGCUGCUUGCGUAUGUCUGCUGACAUUUGUGAACUGUGCCUAUGUCAAGUGGGGCACACGUGUGCAGGAUACGUUCACAUACGCCAAGGUCCUAGCGCUCAUUGCCAUCAUUGCCAUGGGCCUUGUUAAACUGUGCCAGGGACACUCUGAGCACUUUCAGGAUGCCUUUGAGGGUUCCUCCUGGGAUUUGGGAGAUCUCUCUCUUGCCCUCUACUCUGCCCUCUUCUCUUACUCAGGUUGGGACACCCUUAAUUUUGUAACAGAAGAAAUCAAAAACCCAGAAAGAAAUUUGCCCCUGGCCAUUGGGAUUUCUAUGCCAAUCGUGACGCUCAUCUACAUCCUGACCAACGUGGCCUAUUACACGGUGCUGAGCAUUUCAGAUGUCCUUGACAGUGAUGCUGUGGCUGUGACAUUUGCUGACCAGACGUUUGGCAUGUUCAGCUGGGCCAUCCCCAUUGCUGUUGCCCUGUCCUGCUUUGGAGGCCUCAAUGCAUCUAUCUUUGCUUCAUCAAGGUUGUUCUUCGUGGGCUCCCGUGAGGGCCACCUCCCAGACCUUUUGUCCAUGAUCCAUAUUGAGCGUUUUACACCCAUCCCUGCUUUACUGUUCAAUUGCACCAUGACCCUCAUCUACCUCAUUGUGGAGGAUGUUUUCCUGCUCAUCAACUACUUCAGCUUCAGCUACUGGUUCUUCGUGGGCCUCUCUGUUGCUGGACAGCUCUACCUUCGCUGGAAGGAGCCUGAGCGUCCCCGCCCUCUCAAGCUGAGCCUGUUUUUCCCCAUCAUGUUCUGCCUAUGCUCCUUGUUUCUGGUGAUUGUGCCCCUCUUCAAUGACACCAUCAAUUCCCUCAUCGGCAUUGGGAUCGCCCUCUCCGGUAUUCCUGUGUACUUCGUGGGCAUUUACCUGCCGGAGUCCCAGAGGCCACUCUUUAUGCGGAAUGUCCUGGCUGCUAUCACCAAAGUCACCCAGCAUCUUUGCUUUUGUGUCCUGACUGAGCUGGAUGUAGCUGAAGAGAGAAGUGUUGAGAGGAAAACUAAUUAGAGACCAGACAUGACUUCCCCUGAGGCCUGGAAGACUGGCCACCUGUGGGUCAUCUGCCGAAGUCCAGGUGGCAAGAUUGUGUAGGGCCUUUGGGGUGAAAAAAGCCACCUCUGUACCAGAGGCCAACCCUCCUGAACUGAAGGAGCCUGUUUGCCCAUAUUAUGUAAGGGGGCUCUGGGCCAAUGGCCUGCUCAGGUGGUCCUUAUCAUUUGGUAAGCUAUAGGAGACUCAGGGUCUGGGGCCAGCCUGAAGUGGGAAUGUCAGGGGUUGGAGAGGUGAGCAGGGGGGAUGGUGUUUCGAUUUUGUUCCUAGUGGACAGGUGCAGUCCUUACAAAAACUUACUUGGUGAGUUACACUGGGGGAAGAGGGGAUCCUGGGUUAAUAGCUGUGACUGGUUGUUUCUGAAUUUGAUAUUUGAGGUUUGAGCCAGGAGUUUCUACAGAGGGACUGCUUUAUGGAAAGUUGUCCUCUGACCAGGUCCAGGCAUCUGACUUUAGAGGCCUGAAAUGCUACCAUUCCUUCCCCUGGCUCAAAACUCUUCCCUGGGGAGAGGGUUGUAUUCCACUAUUUAUUGAUAGUAUCUAAUCCAGAACACCAGUUCUAGCAGAGCAUUGGUGUUCAUUCACCCCAGGAUGCAAUAGGCUGAUUGUAGUUAGAAACUCCCAAGUACACAAGCUGAGUCCCUCUGCCCUCAGAGGUGUCUCUUUGUGGUGGUGGGUCAACUCUGGCCACAGAUUUUAUGAUCAGUUUAGCACAGUCUUAUUGAGUCUUAACUGCAAAGGUGAAUGUCAAAGAUAUUUUACUUGUGUACCUGUUACACUUUAGUAUAUAAAUAGGUCAUGUUACAGGCACCUGGCUCAGGUCCAAUAAGGACAAAUGAACCAAUUCAUGAGUCAGAAAUCUGGUAACACUGUUAUUUUGAAGGAUAAUCCUUUAUUUUACUUGAGACCUUAAGGUCUUUGUUCUAACUGAUAGCAAGUGAAUCUCUAGAUUAUUAGUAUAAAUUGUAAGAUGGCAGAAACUGUUCUGGAAUUUAGGUGGAUCACCUGAAUUCUUUUGGCUGUCAGUGGCUUGAACAUCUCAUGGACCCAGGCCACCAACCAGCUUGUUCCUUUCUGCAAGGACCUGUGUGAGGGACUACUGUGCAGACCCAAGCAAGCCUACCCUGGUGCUAGAAAUGUUCAUUCUUUCGUGAAAACCUCACACCAGACUACAUCCUCGUCCUCCUCUGUUCCUGGCACCAGGCUUUGUUUACACUCUGAGCCACCUUGGUGUGGACCAUCAGGAUAGCGCAAACCUCUCCUGCCUCCCUCUUCUUGCCCCUGAGGUCUUGUGGGGCAGCAGUCUCAGGAAGAGCCUGGAUACUUGUGGGGACUUCGAUUUUCUCCCUGUGGUCAGCAAAGACUGGGGAAAAGAGCUGCUUCAACCUCUCUGGCUUGUUAGCAAACUGCAUGAGUGAAAGCAACUAAUUCUGGUGCUCAGGCUGGGCUUUGCCAUCCAGGUCAGGCCAGAGCAGAGUUUGGCCUAAUGGAUCUUCCCUCAUAGGCAGCAUGGUUGUACUGGAUUGUAUAACUGUCCUGUGUUACCCCUGGACACUGUCAUCCUGGCCCAGAACUUGCUGGCUUGUCAUGCCCCAUGGGAUUUUUAUCCUUAGGUCUUGGAAUUGGUCAGCAGUAAAGAGGACUAUGAAGCAAUCUCUCUUUUUGGCCAGUCUUCUCCACCAAACUGGCCCCAGUCACAGGUAAGGGAGCAACCUUGGUCAUGUGCUUGCUCAGUAAAGAAAACUUUGGGCAACAUGGUCACAGUUGCCUUUAUUUCAGAGUGGACAUCUGUAAGAACAUGGGGGACAUUCCUGGUUUGUCAUGGUUUGUCCAGAUUCCUGCCUGAGAACAGGGAGUCUUGUGCAAAGGCUGACUUGCCUAAACUAUGUAAACAUGGGUUCCUUGUCUGAGCCAAGCUGGCACCUGUUCGUGGACUCCUGUAGAACUAAUCCUUAGGCACAGAGUGCCCUUGCCUUGAGGAUCCCUGACCUUGGCUUUACCGCCACUUAAGUAAAUAACCACUUAGUCCCAGGAAUUUGCUGCCCCCUAGUGGCUUCUGGUGGGGAGGGCAUCACACCUCAGGGGCCCCAUCAUAUGCUUAGUGAGCCAUGUCAUCCUCUCAUUACUUGAUGGUGACAGCAUCCUUCCCCUACAUGCUGGACACAGACUUCUCCAUGGAACCCUUCUGUGGGAAGCCAGAGACUCCUUAUAGCACUCAAGUUUCAAGGGAGAAUUAAUUUCUGCGAGCUCUUUGUUUUUUGUCUUCUGAAAUCCUCCUGGGGUGCUAAUCCCUUUUGCACUGGGUACAUUUAUUUAUGAAGUUGUCAGUCCUUUCAUGUUGGCAAAACUUAAUGAGUAUGUAAACAGCAGUGAGCACUUGAGAAUGGCACAAAGUGGUUUUUAAUCCUUCGUUUCUAUGCCUACAGGAGACUAAGUUAAGAAGAUGGCUGGUAUUAGACAUGUAAGUUGCUGCCUGUUACUAGCAACACUGAAUUGUAACUAUGUGGAUAUUCAAGAAGAGAAAUCAACAGUCUAUUGAUUUAAUUAGCUGCAAUUUAGGGCCUGAGUACAGAUGGAUUUUAAUCACUGGCAGCUUUAACAGCUGCAUAGGAACUAAUGAAGGUAAAGACUUACAAAAUGGACAUAAAGAAUGGGUGGAGGUGGAAUAGAAGAGCAGAGAUACUUAUGAAAUCUUAAAAGGAAGGCAUCUCCUUGUGUAAUUAACCUUCCCCCAUGAUGGUGAGUCUGAGACCUACUGUACCACAGGGCAAGGGGGUAACUUGAAUUGAAGGUUCUGUGUAUUGUUUCCCUAGACCAGUACAGUAGCCACUAGCCACACGUAGCUAAAUUGAAAUUAAAUAAAAUUUAAAAUCCAGUUCAGUUGCACUAAUCACAUUUCAAGUACUCAACAGCCACUUGUGGUUAGUAGCUACUAUUGCCCACUGGAGAUAAAGAACAUUUCACCAUUGCUGAAAGUUCUGUUGGACCGUGCUACUCUAGAAGAAUGCCAAGUCAGUCAGAGUUAAGGCAGCUGUGGUUGGAAAGGAAUGGGAUAGAGAAUUUGCUUACAAGAGAAGCAAGUUCCAGUAACAAAAUUGGUCCUGUUGUUUUUGUUCAUUUCUCAGUUCAGGAUGUACUUUCCUUUUCCUCACUUGUGUUCAGUCCUUAGUGUCUAAGGUCAAUUCUAAAACUUCUGCCUCGCACACCCCUCUUUAUGAGGAAGGAACAGUAGAAAAACACCUAAGAUUUUCAGGUUUAAUAGGUUUAAAAGAAACUACUUGCUCUCAUGUUCAAAGUUAGUCUUUACUAAACACAGAAUAUGUUUACACAUACUGUAUUUUUUGGCACCACUGCCAAAGAAAGACAGUAGUCUUUACAACCAUUAUCAGAAUCAGGAAACAGGAAGGUAAAACACAGUUGUUUUCCAUCGUAUGUGUGCUAUGAGGGAUCCACUGUAGUCCUUUUAGAUUUGCUCCUUGGAAAACCAAAUCUUACUGCCAAUGACAGUCAGAAGCCCCUCCUAUGCCACAUAUUGGCUUCUGCAUAGGAGGAGAAUGGGAAAACAUCUUAUCAUCAGGAAAAAUGCCUGGGCCAUUUGAAGCUAAAGGAAGUUUCAUUUUUAUGGCUCUUUUUUUUUUUUUCUGGACUGCAGCCUGACUUCUGGAUUGAGGCAAAGGAAGACUUAACACAAGUCUUCACUGUGGUGAAAUGAUGCUGUUGUAUAUAUUUUCCCUUCCACAUGUUAAGCUAGAAACUCGAGAGAAUGUCAUGUCACCAGGGUUAGCUGAUGCUGUAGUCACAAUAGUGGAACCUCAUGGAUAUCACAGGGCCAUCAGUCUGAAUCCAGGUCAUGGGAGCUGUCAUAACCAAACUCCUUCUGUACAUCCAAAGGGUAUUUCCUCCAUAUCUCUGAUCUGCUGAUGCCACUUUCCUCCUCACUGAAGCUGUCGUACUCAUCAGAGCCUAGAAUGAGAAACCAGGAGUGGGUUCUAACUGUAUGAUUUUCUAGGCUACAAUGAGAGCCCCUUCCCUUCUGGAAAAGGUGUUUUUUUGUUCCCCACUAUAAAAUACUUGCUCAAUAAAGAAAAUUUAGAAAAGAGAAUAAUUUUUUUUAAAAAAACCGUAUUUCUAUCAUCUAAACCAAGUCCCUUAACAUGGGAGUAUUUUGUCAUUUUCCUUCUCCAAGUAUAGGAUUGUUUUUGUUGUUCUAACAGUUGUAGUCAUAUCAUAAAUAUAAUUUUCUAUUUUGUCCCCUUUCCUUUUAACAUAUCACAGGUACUUCCCCAAUAAAAUAUUUCAUUGUUUGAUAAUAGUCCUCUUUCUGUUGGCACUUAGAACAGUCACUAAAGGAACUGUGUUCCAGUGUACCCCUUCCUUCCUCCUCCCUCAGGUACCAGGUCUGAGUUGUUUCUUUCUCAAAACGGUCAUAAAUGCAGCAAUUUCUUGACUCACAAAAACUCUGGGCCUACUCCUACAACUGGUUUAGCAUGUACCUCUGAUUACAAAUUGACCAGCUGAACCCCUCUCUUCAAAUCUUAAUACCUUCUUGACUGAAGCAGGAAAAGUAACACUGAGCUAGGUAUUUCACUUAAUCCCAAUCACUAAAUUAGUACAAUGGUCUCAUUUUGUGUAUGAAACUAAGGAUUUGAAACAAGGCCAGACUGACAUCAGAAGUUGUCUGAAAACACUGGUCCUUGGGUCUCCUAAUGCUCCAGCAACUUGCAGUUGAGCUGUUGGGAGCUCAAUGACAGAAAAGAAAAGUCAGUCAAGAAAUCCUGUCUACUGUGCUCAUAUGUGGGUCUUGAAUUUCAUGAGUCCCUCCCUUUCCCAGACUGUUCCCCACACCUCUGGAAUCUUCAUCUCUCUCACUGCUCUGCUCCUCAUCUGGGUACUCAUUGCGCCAAUUAUUCUCACUGUUCUCAUCAUCUUCAUCAUCAUAAAUUUCCUCUGGUUGUUGAUCAUCAUUCACCUGCACAUCUCAAAACAAACAUGAGUCUAAGUCAAAACCUCUAAGGUUAUGUUCUUUUGGGGAAGCUAUUAGGAGACUAGCUUGGGUGACAUCAUUUAACAGUGCCAUGUGAAAAAGAGGCAGACUAGGGAAAAGUUUGAUAAGAGAAACAGACUAGGGGUUAGUUUGAUUCUAAUGCACAAAAGGCUGUAGUAUCUUAGGCUAUGGAAGGGAGGUGAUAGCCCCAUUCCACUCAAGAGUUCAGCUCCAGGCACCACAUCACCACAUUCCUGGUGGGAUAGGCUGAACUCUGCCAGAAUGGGAAUGCACCAGAGUGGGGAGGAGCAGUGACUCUAAGCAGGUAAUGGCGGCUAUCUUUAAACUCAUAAAGGGCAGCCAGUCAGGAAAGGGAUUAUGCAGAUUAUGGGUGAUGCCAAAGGUCAGAACCAAAACCCACCGGGUGAGGGAUGCAGGAAGGCAGGAAGAGAGGCUAUGAAGCGGUCCAAGGUAGGUACUCAACUACAAGACUAUGGUUCUAGUGCAGGCAAAGGAUAAGGUGCUUCUCUCAUAAUACAAGUAUGAAGGUACCACCUUAUCUUUUCUCAUUAGUCAUCUUAGAAUUUGUUUUACAAAUAAUGUCAAGAUGGUAGCUUUCUUCAUCCAAAGUGUCCCAUCUUUUUAAGAUACAAUUUUUUAAAAGCUUUGGUUCUUAUUCAAGUCAAGUAUUUUCUGGUUUUAUAUUAUGCCCCACAUAUUUUUUUCCCCUGUAAGUGGGUAGUUAUGAACAAUAAAGAUGAUGUUGCAAA